UUAAGAAAAAAUAGGAGCCCUCUAAAUACUCAUGUCGCCAGUUAGAGGUGAUAGCAGUGAACGAGUCAGCUAGCUUAACAUUAGCUUUGUUUUACUAUGUAGCUAGCAGAGUUAGCUAACUGUUACAACUGACCUAAUAAUUUAACUCAGGUACAGUAGCGUUAGUUUUAAGCUAAGCUCUUAAGUAUUAGGUUAUGUUAGAAAAAAGCAAAUGCUUACAUACCUUUUAUCCAGGUGGUGUUAGCCAAAAAAACAACUGUCAACGUUAGCUUUAUUUGUCUUGCCCAUUUUCAGAGUAAAUGUAUUAACACUGACUGGACUGUAUUAAGUUAUGAAUAAACAAAAUGGCUGCUCAGACCUACAUCGCCAUCUCUGAGCUGCAUCCCAACUUCUCUCAUCCGAAAGUGGCAGGCAUCGUCAUUGGGAAAUCUGAUGUCAGAAGCUUUCCUGACAGAAAAAAUAUAGGUGUGGACAGAUACACUUUCAGCUUCACCAUUAAGGACUCACCUGACUUCUUCAUCAAUGUGACAGCCUGGGGAAACGAUGGGUACAUCAUUGGGCUCUCCAACAGCUUCAGCACUGGAGACUGUAUCAUCAUUGACAAUCCUUUAGUCACCAGCAAAGACCCAGAGAAAGGGGACAAAUUCUGUCCCACAACACCAAGCCUCUAUAGGUUGUUGGUGACGGAGGCUCAUUCCCAGGUGUCUCUGUGUGCUGAUAUGGAUACUAUCGACAGGAUGCUGCCACUGAUCCACCUGCCAGUGAAGGACUCCAGAGAUUUCUACUCUCUGGGAGACAUUGUGGCCAACGGGCAGAAGUUGGACGGCACAGUGAUAAAUAUACUGGCUGCAGUGAAAUCGAUUGGAGAGCUAAAGCAGUUCACCACUUCAGACAGACGCAAAGGGCAGAGGCUGGAAGUGAAGCUCUUUGAUGACUCUGUCUCUUCCUUCCCUCUUGUCUGCUGGGACAGAGAAGCCAUUCAGCUCGUGCAAACUUUGAUACCCAAGGAGACGGUGCUCUUCAUAGCUGACGCAAAGAUUAGCUUUGACAGCUUUCGCAACGGCAUGACAGCAACCGUUAACUCGAAAACCAUUAUCACUGUCAAUCCCGACACCAGAGAGGCCAGUCUGCUCUACAGCUACGCUAAAGAGGCAUCCGAGUCUGGUGUUCUGGAUCAAGAUGAGAAGCCAGAAGACGUUCCUCUGGAGUCCAUCACUGACAUGUACACGGUGAGCCAGCUGAAGCAGAAGGCCCGGGAGGACCCUGAGGCUUUCUUUGGCAUCACAUACAGCUUCGUCUCCAGGCUCGACCUCGACUCCUCUGUUUCAAAAGUCAUCAGGACACGGUGCUCCAGGUGUAAGUUUCAGGUGACUGAUGACAUGCAGAGCUGCACCAAUGAGUUGUGUCCAGGGAGGGAUCAGGCCCUUUCAGCCUCCACAGGCUUUGACCUGCUGGUGGACUUCACAGACCACACCGGCACCUUGCAUGCCUGCACCCUUAGAAGCCCCGUGGCAGAAAAGACACUUGGCUGUACGACGGACGAGUUCACCAGUCUGACCGAUGACGAACGGACUGCACUGAAGUGGAAAUUUCUCUUGGAGAGAUGCAAAAUAUACGUGAAGAUACUGCCGUCUUCUAGAAUGAAGUCUGGGGUCAGGGGGAUGGUCCUGGCCUGCUCGGUGGCUGACCCAGGAGAGGUGAAACAGCACAUGUCUGCCUUGCUGCAGCGCCUGUGAUCACAACACACACACUGACUGAGCAGAAGAGCACAUAUGUUGCAGCUGGCUGCUUUACCUGCUGUGUGGUACUGUUCGGACUGAGAUGUUGACAAAAGGGCAAGAGUUAUUCAUACAU